CUGGGAGGGUCACAGGGAAGUGAUCUUGUCCUGGCUGCUUGCUUCAGGUGGGAAAAGCUCUAAUUAAGCAAUGCUGGCUAGCUAGCAAAUUCAGCUGUGCUUAUGCCUGUAACUGGAACACAGGGAGCUGGCUUUAAUGCAGGUUGAAGCCAUUGAAAAGAGGCAUCGAAUUCUUGAACUUGAGUCUGAUUGGAUUCAAUUAAACACAACAACUUAUUUCUGAAGAAUGGAGGUGGCUGGGGAAAGUGUGCCUGAGUAUUGCUGAGUAAGCAUUGCCCAUUGAGGCGCUUGUUCCCUGUCCUAUUUUUUUGGUGGUGGGUUGCAAUCAGGAUGUUGGAUGUGGGACUCUGGGUGGGAUUUGUGUCCUGCUGUCUAUCGGUAUUCCCAAUCUGUGCUUCCCAGAAGGCGAGGCUUGCUGAUCCCCUCCUGCCUGGGAUCUCGGCUGGAGCAGAGCACUUGUGCAUUUUCCUAAAUGCCAGAAUGUUACAUAUUCAUACAGACAAGUUAUGGUUGCUGUGGGAACGCAGUUGUCUGAGCAAUGUGCCUUUAUCCUCUCCUCCCCACGGCUGCAUUAUAAAUGUUUUUUGGGCCUGUCCAAAACAAGCAAUCUGCAAACUCUACUGGGAGAGUUAAUGCAGUGAAGUGCCCUGCUGAGCAUGCAGCGUGGUGCUUGCAGAGGAAUCUCCGGUAUUGUUACGGGUGCUUGCUGUUGCUAGGAUUGAGUUGGUGCUACUCCUCAUACUCAUACUCUUGGCAGAGUGGAGAAAAAGCCCUGGUGGCUGCUGCCCUGGUGAAUGCCACGAGGGAGGCUGCAGCUGGAAGGAGGAAGGUGGCACACUGGGCAGACUUCCAGGACUCUGAAGAAGAAGCGGUGAGCAGAAUGCUUUUCCCCACGUCCACGCAAGAGUCUUCCCGUGGCCUCCAAGACACCAAUGAUCUGUGCCUUGGCCUGCAGUCCCUCAACCUGACCGGGUGGGACAGACCCUGGAGCACCCAGGACGCUGAUGCCGUAGCACAAACCAGCACACAGUCCGUUCUCAGCAUGCUGAGUAAUCCUCUUGGGAAUGUCCUGGGGAAGCCCCCUCUGGGUUUCCUGCCUUUGGAUCCCAUUGGAUCAGACCUGUCAGAAAAGUUUUCCACGCCAACACUGAGGAACUCCCGCCUGGACUCCCGCUCCCUCCUGGACUCCCGCUCCAGCAGCCCCUCAGACUCGGACACGAGUGGGUUCAGCUCAGGCUCUGACCACCUCUCAGAUUUGAUCUCAAGCCUUCGCAUCUCCCCUCCUCUGCCCUUCCUACCCCUCAGUGGGGUGUCGAGAGACCCCCUAAAGAUGGGAGUGGGGUCUCGACUGGAUCAAGAUCAAGCUGCCCUGGCUGCAGUUGCUUCCUCCCCAGCCAGUACAUCAAAAAGAUGGCCUGGAGUGUCUGCGUGGCCUUCCUGGGAUCUCCUGGAUUCUCCAGAAGAUCCCUUCAGUAUCGAAAGAGAAGCCAGGCUCCACAGGCAAGCAGCAGCUGUGAAUGAAGCUACCUACACCUGGAGUGGGCAGCUGCCUCCUCGAAACUACAAGAACCCUGUCUACUCCUGUAAAGUGUUCCUGGGAGGCGUCCCAUGGGACAUCACGGAAGCUGGACUGAUCAACACCUUCCGUGUGUUUGGCUCCCUGAGUGUGGAGUGGCCUGGUAAGGAUGGCAAACACCCGCGCUGCCCUCCCAAAGGUAAUAUGCCUAAAGGAUAUGUCUACUUGGUGUUUGAAUCAGAGAAGUCUGUGCGUGCUCUGCUCCAGGCAUGCUCCCAGGACAUGCUGAGUCCCGAUGGGCUCAGUGAAUACUACUUCAAGAUGUCUAGCCGCAGGAUGCGCUGCAAAGAGGUGCAGGUGAUCCCGUGGGUGCUGGCAGACAGCAACUUUGUGCGUAGUCCAUCACAGCGGCUCGAUCCCAGCAAGACAGUGUUUGUGGGUGCUCUGCACGGGAUGCUGAAUGCGGAGGCCCUGGCGGCUGUCAUGUAUGACCUGUUUGGAGGGGUGGUCUAUGCUGGCAUUGACACGGACAAACACAAGUAUCCCAUUGGAUCUGGCCGUGUCACUUUUAACAACCAGCGCAGCUACCUGAAGGCAGUGACCGCUGCAUUUGUGGAGAUAAAAACCACCAAGUUUACUAAAAAGAUCUGCUUCAAGUACUUCUGCCGCUCCUGCUGGCACUGGCAGCAUUCCAUGGAGGUCCUGCGUCACCACCGCCCGCUGAUGCGCAACCAGAAGAACAGGGACUCCAGCUAAAGAGGCUGCCAUGGCUCUGGGGCUGGCGCAGGAGAAAGUCCUUUUGUCACCCUGCCGAGUGGAGAGCGCACGAACGUGCCUGCUGGGCCAGACCCAGGCUGGGAACGCGCUUCCUGAGGACUAACGGGGAAAAAAAUCUUACAUUCACGUUUGCACUUGCUGGUCUUUUUGUUUCUGCACUAAUGCACAGUGGAUUUUGUCAGGUUUGGUUUGGGGGGUUCUGAGGGGGAGGAGCGCCCCUCAUGUGAUUCCGCAGUUCCCAGACUUUGGUUCGUGGUUUGCUGAUGAGAAGCAAAAAAAAAAAAAAAAAAAAAAACCACAAAAAAGGGCCACGUGUUGAGAAGGUGUUUUUGCAGAUGCCUUCCCCUAGGUUUUUUAUUUAUUAAAGGCGCUUUUUUACAUUCCUCGCAAUACCGGUGGUGAUGAUGCAGGUCUCAUGGCUCCAUUUCUUUGCCGUUGCCAUACAGUGCCUUUCCAUUCAUUUAACCCCCACCUGAACGGCAUCAACUGGAUGUUCAGCUGGCGUUUUUUACUGUAACAACUAGGAGACUUUGCUCUUCAUUUAAACCAAAUCAUAUUUCAUAUUUUACGCUCGAGGGUUUUUACCAGUUCCUUUUUACACUCUUAAACAGUUUUUAAGUCGUUUGAAACGAAAGAUUUUUUUCUUUCCUGGCAGCUUUUAACAUUACUGCAGUUUGUGUCUGGGGCUGCUGGUGGGGAGUUGGAAACAGAGGGGUUCGCUACGGAGCAGGACGGGCUUUUUUGGACUCGAAACUGGACUGGAUAAUUGAUCUCCGAGCUGCUGUACAUAGUUUUAAAUAGUUUGUUGCACUUUUUUAAGUUGCACUUAUGGGGGGUUGAUAGAGGUUUUUAAUCACAUGAAGUCACAGGACUGACCUUUUCUUUUGUAAUGAGCUAAAAAAGGGCUUUGUGCCGGCCGGUGGCCAGAGGUUCCUGGGAGCCCUUUCUCUUAGAGGGGACAAGGACUUUUCCUUUCCUUUACGAAACGUACAGAGCAACAGUGCAGUUGACUGGGAUGCUGCUGCUGGGAUUUGAGAACUUUAAUUAGCAUUGUUUUAUUUUUUCCUUCUUCUCCCCUCUAUCGGAAGCUGUGUGCCAAAGAACCAGUGUCAUAAUUUCUCCCUUUUUUUUUUCUGCUGAGCUGAUGUUGCAUUGUUGCAUAAUCCCAGCUGCUCUUUGUGGGGUUUCGUGAAGCUGUGUGUGAAGUCUCUACCUCAUUGUAGUAUAUGCAGGCAAGACUGCACUCUCCUGCAGAUGCGUGGAGUAAGCUGUGGUGUAGUUUUUGGCACAUAUUAAACACGUUGCAGCAAAAAAAAA